AUGACGGCGAGCUGGUCGCCGUGGGGCACGCUAACGGGUUGGGCACUGGCUGCCGGCAACGACAGCGAGGUAACGCUAUUGAGAGGUGCCGUGCUAGGAGUAGUUGGCUGGGUUGUGACUACGCCACUACGCCGAGUCGCGUGGGCUUUUGCGGAUAGUAUGCUGGAGGCGUGUUCGUCUGCGUAUUUCUUUGUCUACACGUGCGGUGACCGGUACUUGAAGACGGUCCGGGGUGAAGAAGCCCUGGUGCUACCUCCGCGUGCCGGAGUGAAUUCGAGGGACGAAGCCCUGGAAGGUGGCGCUCCCGUUGACAAGGAUUUCUCUGUCCCUUCGUCUUCGAAUGUCGCCUCCAGUGGAACGCUCACGGGAGGCGUUCCCAUUCGUCAUCCGGCCGGUACCGUGCAGCCUGGCUCGGGCGAAUCUGCUCGGCGAGGGCACCGAGUCGAAGUCGGGGAGAAUUGUCACGGUAUACGGCUGGAUGAGGGACUCGACCUUCUCGCCGAAUGCAUUCAGAAGCUCAACGCGUUUCAGGUGAAGCGCACCACGUCUAACCAACUGGGUCAUUCACCUCCGACGUCGGCGUUCCCGGCAUAA